GCAUGCGUCCUAAGAAUCCCCUACACUCGCGGCACAAGCUGGGAGUAUUGUCGGGGGCUAUUCUCUCUCCCAGGAACAUGGCGGCGAGUCAGGGAGGUGGUGUUAACAGUGGGGGCGGCGGUGGUGGUGGAGGUGGAAGUAGCGGUGGCGGUGGCGCAGCCGGAGGGGGAGGUGGCGGAGCCGGAGGGGGAGGUGGCGGCGGCGGCGGGACCCUCCUGGUGCCCAUCCCGGUACCGACUCUUUUCGGUCAGCCGUUCCCCAACGGGCCGCAGUGGAACCCGGGGAGCCUGCAGCCUCAGCACACGGUGAGGAGCCUGGACCGGGCCCUGGAGGAGGCAGGCAACUCAGGCAUCCUGAGCCUCAGUGGUAGGAAACUCCGAGACUUCCCAGGCAGCGGCUACGACCUGACGGACACCACCCAAGCAGAUCUUUCAAGAAAUCGUUUUACAGAAAUUCCUUCUGAUGUUUGGUUAUUUGCGCCUCUUGAGACAUUAAAUUUAUAUCAUAAUUGCAUCAAAACCAUUCCUGAAGCCAUUAAAAACCUGCAGAUGUUAACAUACCUUAACAUUAGUCGAAAUCUUUUAUCAACAUUGCCAAAAUACCUAUUUGAUCUUCCCCUUAAAGUUUUGGUCGUCAGUAAUAAUAAGCUGGUAUCCAUUCCAGAAGAAAUUGGGAAGUUAAAAGAUUUAAUGGAAUUGGAUAUCAGCUGCAAUGAGAUUCAGGUCCUUCCCCAACAAAUGGGAAAAUUGCACUCACUUAGAGAGCUAAAUAUAAGAAGAAAUAAUCUUCAUGUGUUACCAGAUGAAUUAGGAGAUCUUCCCUUAGUCAAGCUGGAUUUCUCUUGUAAUAAAGUGACUGAAAUUCCAGUUUGUUACCGGAAGCUGCAUCAUUUACAAGUAAUGAUUUUGGAUAACAAUCCAUUGCAAGUACCACCAGCACAGAUAUGUUUAAAGGGUAAAGUACACAUAUUUAAAUACUUAAAUAUCCAAGCAUGUUGCAGAAUGGAUAAGAAACCAGAUUCUCUGGAUCUUCCAUCGCUGAGUAAAAGGAUGCCCUCUCAGCCUCUCACAGACAGUAUGGAAGAUUUUUAUCCAAAUAAAAAUCAUGGCCCUGACUCUGGGAUUGGAAGUGAUAAUGGAGAGAAACGAUUAUCUACAACAGAACCAUCAGAUGACGACACAAUCAGCCUCCACUCUCAAGUCUCAGAAUCAAAUAGAGAGCAGACAUCAAGAAAUGACAGUCACUCAAUUGGAAGUAAACCUGAUCCUCAGAAAGACCAGGAGGUGUAUGAUUUCAUUGAUCCCAACACAGAAGAUGUAUCAGUUCCUGAACAAGGAGAUGCACAUAUUGGAUCAUAUGUCUCUUUCCUUAAGGGAAAAGAAAAAGGUCCUGAGAAAUCUCAGAAAAAUGAAGAAUUGGGAGAUGAAAAAAGACUUGGGAAAGAACAGUUACUUGCAGAGGAAGAGGAUGAUGAUUUGAAGGAAGUAACUGAUUUGAGGAAAAUAGCCGCUCAGUUAUUGCAGCAAGAGCAGAAGAACAGGAUUCUUAAUCAUUCUACUUCUGUCCCAAGAAACAAGCCAAAACAAACCGUGGAAUGCGAAAAGAGUGUCUCAGCAGAUGAAGUUAAUUCACCGUUAUCACCUCUCACAUGGCAGCCCUUAGAAAAUCACAAGGAUCAAAUAGAUGAACAGCAGUGGCCAGAAUCACAACCCAUAAUCUGGCAGAGUGAAGAAAGGAGGCGGAGCAAGCAGAUUAGAAAAGAAUAUUUCAAGUAUAAAUCAUCAAGGAAGAGUUCAAGUGGCAAUGAAAACGAUGAGCGAGACAGUGAUAAUGCUAAUAUGUCACCACAAUGUCCAGUAUCAUCUGAGGAGUAUGAUAGAACUGAUGGUUUUUCACAUGGUCCUUUUGGCUUGAAGCCUAGAUCAGCUUUUAGCCGCUCAUCUCGUCAGGAGUAUGGGGCAGCAGAUCCAGGAUUUACAAUGAGAAGAAAGAUGGAGCAUCUCCGGGAAGAACGAGAGCAAAUACGACAACUUCGCAACAAUCUCGAAUCCAGGUUAAAAGUCAUUUUGCCUGAUGACAUUGGAGCUGCACUGAUGGAUGGGGUUGUUCUUUGCCAUUUAGCCAAUCAUAUAAGGCCACGCUCUGUAGCUAGUAUUCACGUGCCAUCACCAGCAGUGCCUAAACUGAGCAUGGCAAAAUGUCGAAGAAAUGUAGAAAAUUUUCUUGACGCCUGUAAAAAGUUGGGUGUCUCACAGGAAAGACUCUGUUUGCCUCAUCAUAUUCUGGAAGAGAGAGGUCUUGUGAAAGUCGGUGUCACAGUGCAGGCUCUUCUUGAAUUACCUACAACCAAGGCAUCUCAGCUUUCUACCGCUUGAUGUAACAUCUCAAAAUUAUAAGUGUUUAGUUUCAUUUGUUUGAAGUGAUUUGAAAUAUCUCAAAUUCAUGAUAAGAAUGUCUAAUCAAAAUUAAUAAUUUUAUUAGGUCAAUCCAUAGGUUUAAAAAAAUGACGUAAAAACAUCAAAAUUAAAGUUUGAAUUGCCCAAACUUCUUUUGGGGGGAAAGCUGGAUUAACUUAGUAAGAGUUUUUGAUAAAUUCAAAAUCUCUUUUUACGGAGUCAGUUGAUAACCUUGAUUAUUUUUCAAAAACCAGAUUGAUACUAAAUUUAAGAUGUGGUUUCAACUUACUAAUCACAUUAGGUUUAAUUUUUUAUAUCAGAGCAUACUAGUAAACACCUGGAUGAGGUAAUCAUUUUUUUACCGAUUUACAACUAUUCUAUAUUUGAGUUAUUUAAUACACUUCUACUUCUAGUUUAUACACAGUUUCUUCAAUCUUUGGUCUUAGUUUUCUAGACAAAAAAAAUGAGUAGAAAAUGCAGAACUCUGGCUUUAUAUUAAAUUCUUUUAGUAUUAUAGGUGGGUGCCAAAAUAUUUUCAGUUGUACUGUAGACUGUUUACAUGUGAAGUGCCUGUGUAACUGACGACUCUUACAUAGUCUUAAGCAUUUUUGCAACUUCUUUUUUGUAUUAAUGGAAUCAAUGGAACUUUAAAGUAUUUUAGUAGAUUUUGGAAGGUCAGUUAUA